UUAUGUGCACUCUCAGCAAACACAGAGGAGACUGUUUGCAGUCUACAAGGACAAACUGAAUUGUCACUAUUUUCUAAAGAUGCAGAUGUUAUAAUUGGAGGAAUCUUUUCACUUCAUGACAAACUUGUACAUACAAAACCUACACUAAAAAAUGAACCUGCGCCAUUUCAGUGUACAGGUUUAAACUAUGAGGAAUACCAGACAGCAAUAGCUAUGAUAUUUGCAAUAGAAGAAAUAAAUAACAGCACAGAUUUGCUGCCAGGUGUUUCUUUGGGUUAUAAGAUAUAUGAUGCUUGUGGAUCAGUGCAGCUGGCAAUAAGAGCAGCGAUGGCUCUCAUAAACACAUAUGAUGAAGAUAAACAAUGCAGCAAGCCAUCCACUGUUCUCGCAAUUGUUGGACAAUCUGGCUCUUCCCCAACCAUUGGGAUUGCAACAACUAUUGGACCAUUCCAGAUACCUGUGAUUAGUCAUUUUGCUACUUGUACAUGUCUUAGCAACAAGAAGGAGUUUCCCACCUUUUUCAGGACAAUACCCAGUGAUUAUUAUCAAAGCAGAGCUCUAGCACAGCUUGUGAAACACUUUGGUUGGACUUGGGUGGGGACAAUUAGAAGUGACAAUGACUAUGGCAACUUCGGAAUGGCUACAUUUGUACAGCUAGCUCAGCAGGAAGGUGUCUGUAUUGAAUACUCUGAGGUGAUAUACAGAACUUAUCCAAAAGAAAAAUUUCAGAAAACUGUGAAUGUGAUAAAGGCUUCUUCUUCCAAAGUCAUAGUAGCUUUCACAUCUCCAACAGAUUUAGAAUUUUUGAUAAAGGAGCUGUUACUUCAGAACGUAACAGGUUUCCAGUGGGUAGGUAGUGAAUCAUGGAUUACAGACAAAUACCUUUCCACCUUAGAAAGUGCUAUGGUCCUCAGUGGGGCAAUUGGAUUUGCAAUCAGUGAUUCAGAAAUACCGGGACUGAAGGACUUUUUGUUAAAUGUACAUCCAUAUGACACACCUGGCAAUGCUGGCUUGAAGGAGUUUUGGGAGACUAUUUUCAGAUGUAAUCUGAAUGAAAAAAACACCAGUGGAUCAGCUGAGCCAUGUACUGGGUUUGAGACUUUAAAUUCAAUCAACAAUGUAUACACUGAUGUGUCAGAAUUAAGGAUUGUCAAUAAUGUGUAUAAAGCUGUAUACGCUGUAGCUCAUUCUCUCCAUAAUCUGCUUUCAUGCAAAAGCAGCCAAGGUCCUUUUGAGAAGAGCACAUGUGCCAACAAAAGUAAUGCGAAACCUUGGCAGAUUCUACAUUACUUGAAAAAUGUCAACUUUACAACUAAAAAUGGUGAGACUAUUUACUUUGAUGAAAACGGGGAUCCAGCUGCCAGGUACUCCUUAGUGAACUGGCAAACCACAGCAGGAAUCACAAAAUUUGUUUCAGUAGGAUUCUAUGAUGCAUCCAUAUCAAAUGGAAAAAAGUUUUCAAUGAAAAAUAUAAGCAUUAUAUGGUCAAAUAGUAAUAAUAAGGUGCCUACAUCUCUGUGCAGUGACAGCUGUCCACCAGGGACUCGCAAAGCUGUAAAGAAAGGAAAGCCUGUCUGCUGCUUUGAUUGCAUUCCAUGUGCUGAAGGAGAAUUUAGCAACACCACAGAUUCUACAGAUUGUGUGAAAUGCCCGUUGGAAUACUUCUCUAAUGAAAAAAGAGAUCAAUGUGAAUUAAAGACCAUUGAAUUUCUAUCAUUUGGGGAAACCAUGGGAAUUUUACUGGUUUUGCUUUCAGUACUUGGAGUGUGUGCAUGCUUUGCCAUAGCUGUUGCAUUUUUCAGGAAAAGAAACACCCCACUUAUCAGAGCUAAUAAUUCUGAGAUCAGCUUUCUUCUCCUGUUUUCGCUCUCUUUGUGUUUUCUGUGUUCACUCACAUUUAUUGGUGAGCCUUCAGACUGGUCCUGCAUGCUGCGUCACACAGCUUUUGGAAUUACAUUUGUUUUGUGUAUAUCUUGUUUACUGGCAAAAACAAUAGUGGUCUUGAUGGCCUUUAGGUCCACUCUUCCAGGUGGAAAUGUUAUGAAAUGGUUCGGACCCACCCAGCAAAGGAUACAUAUUUACACUCUUACACUUAUACAGAGUUUUAUAUGUGUUCUGUGGCUAACAUUAUCAGCUCCAUUUCCAUACAGAAAUAUAACAUAUUACAAAGAAAAAAUUAUUUUGGAAUGUGAUUUAGGUUCACCAUUAGCUUUUUAUGCAGUUUUAGGAUAUAUUGGGUUUUUAUCUACUAUGUGCUUUAUUCUUGCUUUCUUAGCUAGGAAAUUACCAGAUAAUUUUAAUGAAGCUAAAUUCAUCACCUUCAGCAUGUUGAUAUUCUGUGCUGUCUGGAUCACUUUCAUCCCGGCUUAUAUCAGUUCACCUGGGAAAUAUACAGUGGCUGUGGAAAUAUUUGCAAUAUUAGCCUCCAGUUAUGGUUUACUUUUUUGUAUUUUUGCUCCUAAAUAUUACAUUGUCAUAUUAAAACCUGAGAAGAAUACCAAAAAAUACUUAAUGAAUAAAGUUCGUUGA